AGUAAUUUCGCAUAAUUUUUACGACUUUUUGGAUUAUCUUUGAAAAGAACUAAAUUUAAUUAUUAUAAAAUUAAUUUUUUUCAACAAGAAAAAUGAUUCAAUAUUUCUGUCGAAAUUGGUCUAUAUUAGCGCUUAUUAUUUUAAGUGGAAUCGUGGUUAGUAAUAAUGUAAAUAGUCAGGAAUCUAAUCAAAAAUUUGGAACAGCAACACCGACUAUUAACUUUUUAUAUUGUUAUUCUUGUGGAUAUCGUAAAGCAUUUGAGGAGUACGAACAUAUUCUACUAGAAAAGUAUCCAGAUAUUCAAGUAAAAGGAGCAAACUAUGAACCCUCUGGAAUUAAUAUGUAUUUAUCUAAAGUUUUGGUUGUUGCAAAAUAUCUUUUAAUGGCCCUAAUUGGAAGUUCUUUUGAUCUGUUUGGAUUUUUUGGUAUGGCACAACCAAUGUUUUGGACUUGGGCAAUUGAGAAUAAAUUAUUUGCCAUAAUGAUGACAUUUUUCUUUGGAAAUAUGCUGGAAGCUCAGUUGGUAUCAAGUGGAGCAUUUGAAAUUUCGCUAAACGAUAUUCCUAUAUGGUCAAAAAUUUCGACAGGGAGAAUUCCUUCUCCCCAAGAACUGUUUGGUAUUAUUGAAAGCCAUUUACAAUUUACUGAUAAUUUCCUCGAAAAAAAUCCCGAAUUUGUAAAGUAAUUUUGAGUGAAAAGAUAUUUACCCGAUAUGUAGAAGAAAAAAGAUAUGUGAUCAUAUAAUUGAAAAAUAAAUAAAAACACAUCUUUAAUCAUUCUUCAAUUUUGCAUUGAGAUUUUUC